UCCAAAUUAAAGCAACGGAGGUCAGGCACCCAUGGCUGCAACGGAGACGGAAGUGAUAGGAUCAUCAGUAGGCAUGGAUCCCGCCUUGUACAAGGCCGCGACGCAAGGGAGCGUGAGGAGCCUGCGGAAACUGGUGGUGAGAGACGUCAAGAUCCUCAACUCCAAGACGCCGCAGGACAACACGGCGCUCCACCUGGCUGCCUUGCACGGGCACGCGGAGUUCGCCCGCGAGGUCCUCGCCGUGAGCGAGGAGCUGAUGGUCGCACUACGCGGCGCAGAAGAACAACUCGCACGUGGUGGAGUUGCUGCUCAUCAGGAAGACGGAGCUGGCCUACAGCCGAAACAAGGAUCGGCAAUCCCCGCGGCACGUCGCCGCGCAGUACGGCUCGACGGACGUUAUCAAGGCGCUGCUCCGGCACUGCUCCGAUGUGGCCGAGAUGGAGGACGGCAACGGCCGAAACGCCUUCCACGCCUCCAUCAUCAGUGGCAAUGAGAGCACGAUCAGGUGCCUGCUCCGCCAUGUCCGUCCCACGGAGCUUCUUCUUAACCGCGUCGAUGGCUACGGCGACACGCCUCUGCACCUCGCCGUCAAGAUGAGCCGCGUCCACUUCGCGCUGCUGCUCCUCAACGACGUCCGCGUGGUCGACCCCUGCGUCCGCGACUACCAAGGCCAGACGGCACGCAGCCUCGUCGAGAAAAAGCUCAACACCGACGAGACAGAUACCUACGAGAUGCACCUCUGGACCCAGCUCAUGCAGCAAGAGUCCAAAAGGUGCAGCAGGCAGCAGCUGCCGCCCACUGUCUCCGACAGACGCAGGCCCCUCAACAGUAAAGACUUCGACAGUGUCGUUGAUGCCUACUUCCUCGCCGCCACCCUCAUCGCCACUGUCACCUUCGCCGCCACCUUCACCAUGCCCGGCGGCUACGACCAGGCCAAGGGCAUCGCCCUUCAUGGCAACAACAGGGUGUUCAAAACGUUCGUGAUCUCCAAUAGCGUCGCUAUGUGCAGCUCCAUCGUCGUCAUCUUCUUGCUCAUCUGGGCGAGGCAGGAGCCCGCGAUUCUGAGGCUCCACUACCUUGCGUGGAGUCAAAAGCUGACCAUCGUCGCCUGCCUCGCUAUGCUCCUCUCGCUCAUGACCGCAGUCUAUAUCACCGUGGCGCCAACAGCGCCGUGGCCUGCCUAUGCUGUCAUAGCCAUCGGCAUUUGCAGCCCAGGCCUCUUCUUCGUCAUAUCAUGGAUGGGGAAGGCGACGAUCAAUGUCCACUAACACCUAGC